AUGGACGUCGACCGGAUGAAGAGGAAAGACACCACAAGAGGUCCGCCUCUACGUGUUCUCAGUCUAGAUGGUGGAGGCGUCCGCGGCUAUUCGAUGCUCAUCAUCAUUCAAGAGCUCAUGCACCGAACCUACGUCGAAAUAGAAGGCAAAGCGCCUCGGCGGGACCAGAUCCCUAGACCCUGCGAUCACUUCGACCUCAUCGUCGGAACCGGAACCGGCGGGCUGAUAGCUCUCAUGCUUGGACGGUUACGCCUGAACCUCGAACAAUGCAAGGAGCUGUACGUCCGCAUGACGAGGAUGGUCUUUCAGACGGACAAGACGAUUGCCGGUAUUCCUUACAGGUCGACGCUGUUCAAGGCGUCCAUGCUCGAGCAUGCCAUCAAGGAGGCUGUGAGGGAGCACACGGUGUCUGAAACUGAGGGGAACGAUGGAACCCCAACUGAUCCUCGAAGCCCAGCCUCCAUCGCGUCGCGGUCCAGCGCCGGGAACCUUGGCGACCCCAGGCGUCUUGCCAGCAAUGCCAGCACGGUCAGUUUCAGUGCUCGGAGCCCCACGGCGCAAAUGGCGAGGCCAGCUUAUCGUGGUGGCUAUGGCGACCCGAAUGCACGACUCUACGACUCUCGCGAGAACCGGACAAAAACAGCCGUCACUGCUAUAUACAAAGGCACUCCUAAAGGUGGCGAUCCUGCUGUGCUGCGUUCGUACGAUUCGCGAAAGGAGCUGUCACCAGAGCCUGACGUCAAGAUCUGGGAGGCGGGACGUGCGACAUGCGCAAUCGGAUUGGCCUUCAAGCCUAUCAGAGUUGGCCAGUCCAUCUUCCAUGAUGACGGGGCUGGCACCUUUAACCCAUCACCCUUUGCGCUCGAAGAGGCCACUGUUCACGAAUGGCCUGGGCGCGACGUCGGAGUGUUCCUCAGUAUAGGCACAGGACGGCGGCCACGAAACACAGAUGGAAACUCGCAUGUGUGGUACGAAGGAUUCAUGGGCGAUUUUGCUGAAGCCAGGAGAAAACUGAUCGCCAAGAUCGAGGGCUGUGAGGUCAUUCACGAGCGCAUGAUGAAGGAGCUUCUCCCAAAGAGAGGUGUCAAUAUCGAGAACUACUAUCGCCUUAACGUGGAGGUCGGUGUUGGCGAGUUCGCCAUGAACGAGUGGCACAGACUGGGAGACAUCAGCACUGGUACCAGGAGGUAUCUCGGUCGGCCGGCCGAGCAGAAGAUGGUGCAGGAGUCGUCUGCAAAGCUGGCCAAGAUCCACCGCGCGAAGCAGCGCUGGGAGAGGAUGAGCAACACGCCCAACAUCGUCGCGACCGAGCCUAUGGAGUCUAUCAGCCAGCCCUUGGCUGUUGAAUUGAUGGGCGACAUACCGGCAGUGCCCCUUAUGCAUGUCAGACAUGAGCCGCUGCCGCGACAGUCUUAUGACUCAGGCAUCGAUCGUUUGUCGCUGCCAGGAUCGGAUGUCGCGAGCAUGUCUCCACCGCGCACGUCUGGCGACCGAUCACGACCCUCCACUGGCCAUCCCUCGCCACAGCCAGCUCCUGCCAGACUCGAAACGAUGCCCGAGACUCGCCCGCUCGAGCUAUCGUCCGGAGAUCGGCCGUUGUCCGUCGAUGGCGACCGACUGCUGGGCCAUGCCCCUACACCGGCACAGUACCGCCAUGCGUCUGGCUCCGACAAGAUUGCCAUCAUGUCGCCCGACGAGCAGCCCAGGAGACACCCGAUGCAGGACAAGGCACAGCCUCCUCCUCCUUCCCAAACACAAACGCAGACGCGACCUCAACAGCAUCAGCCUCACCGUAUCGAGCAGCCGCCACCACUACCACCAAAGACUCCUCUUCCGGAACACCAAAACUCAGGCGCAGCGGCGCCACCAGCACGGCGGACAACGCCAACCACUGGCACAUUACCAUACCCGCUGGAUGACGCACCCCCUCCUGUCGUCAACAUGGCGAGGAAGCCGGAUCUUCGGAAUCGGUAA